GUACGCCGAACGCGCGCGCUGGCUCACAAUCUACCCUCUCCGGCUCGGACUCGCGGUGGUGGUGCACAAGGGGUGCAAAACUUUUCGGACCACGUGGUGUCCGCCAACCCCCUGCGGGGGAUGUUAAAGUGAGCACGUCGGAUAAAUGGAUGUUGCGGCGCUGCUUUGUUCCGUCUUCGGUCUGCUCGCCGCUGUUUUAGUAGUCGGCGGGCAGAACCACGGGCCGGUAUUCCUGCAGGAGCCGCCAUCGCAGCUCACCUUCUCGAACACCACCGGCUCGCAGGUGUCCUGCUCGGCGCACGGCGCGCCCGCCCCCCAAGUCGACUGGCUGCUACAGGAUGGACAGACGGUGACGGCCGUACCGGGACUGAGACAAUCGCUGGGCAACGGCACGCUGUACUUCCCGCCGUUCCGCGCCGAGGAUUACCGCAAGGACGUGCAUUUCACCGUCUACCGCUGUCGAGCGUCAAAUCUCGCCGGGACCAUCAUCAGCAGGGAUGUUACAAUACGAGCAGUUGUGAAUCAACAUUACGAUGUGCAAGUCUAUCACACUCACGUGCUCGCCGGAAAUACAGCGGUAUUAACAUGUGUGAUUCCGGCUUUUGUCAAGGAGCACGUGACGGUGACGUCAUGGUCACGCGACGAAACCAUUCUCCUUCCGGGUUCGAAUAUGGGAGGUCGUUUAGUUGUGGUUCAACGUUCAGGCACAUUGCACAUACGUACAGUGCGUGCCGAAGAUGGCCUCGCAAAGUACUCCUGCCUAACGAUGCAUCAACUAACACAAGAGCGGAAGCGCAGUGAGCCGGCCAUCUUGACGGUGACAGAACCCACCGGAAGUAUGCCGCCGCGUCUGGCCGCCUCCGUGCAGACGACGGCGUCUGCCGAUCGGGAAACUGACGUGUAUCUUACGUGCUCCGCACAGGGAAAUUCUCCACCAACUUUUAAUUGGUUUAGAGAAGUAAAAGGUCAACUUCAACCCGUCCAGCCAUCACCCAGGAUCUCUCCACUGCAGGACAUACUGCACAUUAGAAAUCUGAAACCGGAAGACGGUGGAAGAUGGACGUGCAAAGUGUCGAAUCACUUCGGCGAGCAAAGAUUGGACAUCUUCCUAACGGUGACCGCACAUCUCUCCGUGCACAUCCUGCCACAGCUUCAAGUGGUUAAUUCCGGAGAAAACGCACUGUUCAACUGCACCGUUUCCGGUUCUCCAAUUGGCCGCGUGCAGUGGUUCCACAACGGGGAGACUUUGCUAACCGAAGGCAACCCUCGUCUGAGACUGCUCAAUAAUCUAGCGUUAUCAGUAGUAGAUGUGACCCGACAUGACAAGGGGAUGUAUCAAUGCGUCGUGCAAAAUGACCGUGAAAGUUCUCAGGGUAGUGCUGAGCUACGACUUGGCGACACUGUCCCGGAGUUGCAAUUUACAUUCAUCGAACAAGCAAUCAGACCUAGACCACAGGUUUCCCUUAGAUGCUCAGCUACAGGAAGUCCCCCACCACAAUUUAGGUGGUUACUAGAUGGGGAACAACUGAUUGAUACCACCUAUGCACAUAGGUAUGCAAUUGGUCAAUAUGUGGACCAAAAUGGCGAUGUAGUAGGUCACUUAAACAUCUCCAACGUACGAGUGGAAGAUGGCGGGUUAUACGGAUGCAGAGCUGUCAAUUCCCUAGGAUCAGCAGAACACUCCGCGAGAUUAAACAUCUACGGACCUCCUUUCAUAAGAUCAAUAGGACCUAAGAAAGCAGUAGCUGGGUCAGAUACAAUUCUCCAUUGUCCCUAUGCUGGAUACCCUAUAGCUUCAGUACGAUGGAGACGUAAUGGUCAAGAAUUACCAAUGGACCUACGACAUAAACUUGAUGAAGGAGGUGCCCUGACCAUUCUAAGAUUAGACCCAGCUACUGAUUCAGACGUGUAUACCUGCACAGUGACCUCCCGAGAUGGUGAAGCAAUGCAUAGAAAUAUCCAAUUGAUAGUCCACAGUCCCCCGAUAUUAGAACCGUUUGCUUUCCCAAGUAGUCUUCAGGAAGGUGGCAGAGCCCAGGUGACCUGCUAUGUCACUUCCGGGGAUAUGCCAGUCCAAUUCACCUGGUAUAAAAAUGACAUGCCAAUCACCGCUUCGCUGCAAGUAGAGGAACACGCAGCUGAAUUUUACAGUAUGUUGAUCUUCAAAGAGGUGACAUCUCGACACAGUGGUGCCUAUACAUGUGUCGCAGCGAAUUCAGCAGCCCGUGCAAAUUACACCGCACAUUUGAUGGUAAAAGUUCCGCCACAGUGGAUCAUCGAACCGCAGGAUCUAUCCGUCCUAUUAGGCAGCCCUGUGAUCGUCGACUGCGCGGCCAAAGGCUUCCCGCAUCCGCAAAUUACGUGGCUUAAAGGACAAGGUAAAACUGCCGCCGACUACAACCCCUUACUAAGUCUACACGGGCGCAGCGUGCUGCUGGCGAACGGCUCCAUUUGGAUGGAGGCGGUUGGCCCACAGGACGAGGGGCAUUACCUAUGCAGGGCGACUAAUGGAAUUGGCUCCGGCCUCGGCAAAGUCAUCUAUGUCAGCGUCAACGAACCGGCGCGCUUUGAUACACCCUCCAAAGAUGUUGCCACCAAGCGAGGUACACCAAUCUCGUUGGUCUGCAACGUCUACGGAGAUACUCCGGUUGAAGUCCUCUGGAGUUUCAACGGGAAUCGACUAGAUCUCAAUAACUAUCGAUUAAUGAUGACUGAAAGCAAGACGGACAACGGAUUAAAAUCUCAAGUGACAAUCAGUCGUAGCGAUAGAGAAGAUUCAGGAGUUUAUAAAUGUCUAGCUGAAAACGCAUUUGGUCGAGCUGAGCAUACUAUUAAUUUAGCAGUUCAGGAAAAACCAGAUCCUCCUGGGCAUGUGGAGGUUGUAGAAGUUGGAAGUAGAAGUGUAAGAUUAGCAUGGCGACGACCCUUUGACGGAAACAGUCCUGUUAUUGGGUAUUUAGUCCAACAUCAACAGAUAGGAGUGGGUCAAACUCGUUGGGAAGCUGGAGGAGUACAGAAUAUUACCCUCCCUGCAAAUUCCCUGGAAGUAGAAUCAGAAAGUGCCAUCAUCGGUGGUUUAUACCCUGCAACAGCUUACAAAAUCCGCAUGCUAGCAGUAAACGGAAUCGACCAGAGUAACUUCGCUGAUGAAGUAGUAGUGAAGACCCAGGAAGAAGAACCAUCGGAACCACCUUCAGAUGUAAGAGUAGAAUCUGUAGGUUCGGAUGAAAUUUCCCUCUCAUGGCAAGUACCUCCAAGAGAAUCAUGGAACGGUGAGUUAUUAGGGUAUAUAGUUUCGUGGAACCCACAAGGUCAACCUCCAAAUGGAACCAAAACAACUACAGUCAAAGGAUGGGCUACUACCAAAGGACAGAUAACUGCUUUGAAGAAAUAUACCAGAUAUGAUAUUACAGUGAGAGCAUUCAAUAGCAUAUCAGUAGGACCUGAAUCUGGGACCAUUGUGGGUACUACCAAAGAAGGUGUUCCUGAAGCUUCCCCAAGGGAGAUAGAAUGUUCCCAAAUAUCUUCACAAAGUAUGAAAUUAUCAUGGUCACCACCAUCAGCUUCUCAACAUGGGGGAUUUAUACAAGGAUACAAGAUAUACUACAGACCAAUAGUAACUGAUGUUAAUGUGGAUAUCCCUGCUUCCGGUGAAAUAAAACGCACCCCCAGCACAGAGACUUACCUCCAUGGUCUGUAUAAAUACACAAAUUACUCCAUUAAAGUAUUAGCUUACACGGGAGCAGGAGAUGGAGUCCUAAGCACUCCAAUAUACUGCACAACAGAGGAAGACCUCCCAGGACCACCUGCAAAUAUCCGCGCAGCAGCCCUCACAUCAGAAUCUAUUCUAGUCUCAUGGUUACCACCAGUCAAACCCAACGGUCGUAUCAUUCUCUAUACAGUAUACUACAGAGAUGCUGGUAGGGUGGGUAAACACUCUAGUUAUACAGUGCGUACAGAAGACACACCCCAAAAUGCAAAUGGUCUGGUAUACGAAGUAAGACAUCUGGUAGAACAUCAAUCCUAUGAGUUUUGGGUUUCCGCUACAACCAGUGUCGGGGAAGGAGAACCUACUUCAAUAGCCACGCAGAUUACUAAUAGUAAAGCACCUUCAAGGAUUGCUUCCUUCAGUCAGGUGUUAUACAGGGCUGUGAAGUCGAAAGUUUUAUUGCCAUGUUUAGCUGUUGGGAAUCCUACACCUAGGACCAGGUGGAUCCAUCGGGAUAGACCAGUUACUUUUAGUCCUUUUUACAAAGUCACUUCGGAAGGACAUUUGAGUAUUCAUAGUGCUGAUCAAUCCCUAGCUGGGAAUUACACCUGCUCUGCCAAGAAUCUUUUCGGAGAAGAUAACAUAACCUAUUCUUUGUUUGUGAUCAUGUCACCCAGUGCUCCAACCCUCGAGGUCCAAUUCUCUACUGCCAAAAGCAUUCGCCUAAGAUGGACGCAACCCGAAAACGGCGGAGCUGUUAUACAAGGCUAUACCCUCUUCUCUAAGAUGUACACAAACGACUGGACGUCCAACGAAAUCUCGCCGGAACACAACGUCUACACUUACGACGACAUGCGCUGCGGAAGCGUCUACCACAUCUACGUGCUAGCCCACAAUCGAGUGGGGAAUGGUUCACCUAGUCCUAUCCUAACAGUAAGCACCAAAGGUGGCCCUCCCCAACUGCCCAAAGAAAAGGAGUUCCUCGUCGCAAACGCAACAGCCCUUCAAUUAAAUCUAUACAACUGGCCCAAUGGCGGAUGCGUCAUUUCGCAAUUUUCUAUAUCAUACAAAGCAUUACUAGAGGAUAAAUGGACAUUGGUCUCGAAUAGCGCUUCAGGGGAGAAUCUCAUCAUACACAAUCUUGAACCGGCAACUUGGUAUCAGUUACGGAUCACUGCCCAGAAUGAUGCUGGGAAGGCGGAUGGGUUCUUUAAUAUAGCUACAACCACUUUAUCAGGAGAACAUAUCCCACCACCUCCAAGUCUAAGUAAAGCGGAAGUAACACCAGGGGGAGCUUUCUAUAAGGAAACCUAUUUCAUUAUACCUGUUGUUGUAAUAGGAUUGAUUUUAACUUGUGUUGGAUUACUAUGGUUCAAAAUGUUUAGCAAUAGAAGAUUGGAGGUUGAAAAUCGUCCCAGUGAAGAACAACUUGCAGAAAAAACCGCCAGUGAAAAGGAAAACCGUAGAAAUAUGAAACAACAGGUUUACACUUCAUCUCCCAUGAAGUGUGAUAAACAAUUGAGAGAUGAUGCUUCCGGGAUGUACGAAAUCAGCCCAUAUGCAACUUUUAGUGUCACAGGGAAUAACAGAGCUGUCACCACUUCCUCCUUGGACUACACCAUGCAAUUUAAGACUUUUGGACACAUCGAAGAAGUUGAAAACUACCCGAAAAUGCGAAGUGGGAAGCAUAGCUGGCAUAAAUCACAACGAUACUACAAUAAUGAAGCGGCUACAGUAUCACAUGAAAACCGUAUGAGAUGCGCACGUGCCCUAACCAGAGGUGAUUCCGAAUCGGACGACACGAGUGGAUCCCCAUGCGCGGAGUUCCCCGGCGGGUCCAACUACAGGGUACCGGUAAAGGCGGCAACGCCUCGUGCCGAUCUCUUCCGGCGCGACUCGAGCACCGAAUCCAACGAUAUCUCACCACCUCCGGAAAGACGCCUCACCCCGCGGCACGUUGGAGGUGGGAUGCAACAACCGCAAGGGCGGAAACACCAUCGACCUACGAGCACCAGCAGCGGUGAGGAAGAGAUCGAAAGGAUAUUAAGCGAAGGCGCUGCCAAUUUCAGCCUUCAACCCCCGAUGAGGUUCUCAGAUAGUCGCGAGCUGUCCGAGGCGGAGUGCGAUCGCGAUGUCAAGAUGGCGAAGCUGCCCGCCGAGCUCGCCACCAUGCUGGCCAGAUAUCAGGAGCGCAAAGAGCAGGAACACAGAGAAUUCUCGAUUAACGUGUAAGCCGAAAAGACUGACUGGCAGCCAAAUAUUCGUGUGUCAAAACACAUUACACGUAAACACACAUACAAAUAAAUACACUCUACAGAUACGAUUAUAAUCAUCAUUAUUAUAUUACGUAUUAUAUUAAUAUUAUAUACAUGGAUCUUUAAUAAAUACGUUCUGUUUGUA